AUGGGAAAGGAUGACAACACAGCGGAGGAUCACAAAGGAUGCGAAGGAAAGCCGGCCUUGGAAGAACAAAUGUUCCGCGCCUGCCCGAUACGGAAGGAGCGCGUCCCUCCCCUGAGUCCUGGUGUUCUUCCUCAGCAACACUCACCAAAAGCUAGAAUAUCACGGCAAAAUGCAGGCUUCAAGUACGGUACAUGGACUCUCCAAGUCUUGCCGCCGUGCCCACUGAAAUGUAACCGGGAGAAGCCAUGCCAAAAUUGCACGGCACGCGGAGAGGAAUCAGGAUGUAGAUUCAAGGGUUCUGCGAACGGAACACCAUUAUCUUCCCGUGCUGAUAGAAACGGAGAACUGAUGCGCCGGCGAAUUGAGCAUUUGGAGGACACGGUCAAGAGACUGAUCGGCGACAGUCAGACCGUCCCGCCAAGGCUCCCACCAGCCUCGUAUCACGACGAGCAUUACUCCGGCCCGAGGGGUGUUGAUGGUCAGGGUCCAGCGCGCGUUGGUACGACCGUCAUCGACGGAGAACACUCGGUCUAUGAACCAACAAAUAACUGGCAUGACGUGCUACGCGAGGUCAACGAACUGAAAAAGGCAUGGGGCGAGACCCAGGCCGAGUCGGCAUCCCAUCCCUCAUCAAAUUCGGUUGACGGCACAAGCCUCCUCUUCGGCCAUGUUGAGCGAGUGGAUAUUCCUGAGAUCUUAUCAUCUUUACCACCCAAGCACGAACUGGAUAAUCUCAUCCAGUGGUUCUUCAAUAAGAAAAAGUUCCCAUUAUCCGUUCCUCCCAUCAUACACGAACCGACAUUUAUGCGAGAGUACAACAACCACGUGGAUAACCCAUCGCGAAGCAGCGUCAUUUGGAUAGGGUUGCUUUUUUCUAUUCUUACCUGUACCAUGCUCGCCGCCCUAUUAUCUGGUUCACAAGAUUAUCACGACGCCGAAGAACGAUUUGAUUUCUAUCGGCUACGAACCGCACAGUGCCUGCUGAUCGGCGAUAUUGCAAAAUGUCAGCCAUAUACGAUCGAGACUCUUGGCCUCAACGCCACAGCUGAACUGAACAGGAAGGACGACAGUAGCCGGGGACUGUGGAUCAUGACGGGAGUCAUUGUUCGGGCGGCAGUCAAUAUGGGAUAUCAUCGCGACCCGGAUCACACUCCUUCCAUAUCGCCCAUGAAAGGAGAGUAUAGACGACGAAUAUGGCUUUCGGUCACCACUAUGGACGACAUGGCCUCUUACCUGUCCGGCUUUCCGCGCAUGACGCCAGCCAUAACCUCAGAUACGAAGGAACCGCUAAAUAUUGAUGACUGGGAAUUGUCUGAGGAUAUCACAGCCCUCCCGCUAUCAAGGCCGCUCUCGGAGCCAACGUCAGCCACAUUCAUGAUCGCCAGAGGACGCGUAUCCCAUGCACUCGGCGAGGUUAUCGAUUUCAUGAAUAGCUGUUGUCCCGAUAAUUUUACCAAGGCACUUGAGGUUGAUAGGGUCUUGGAAGAUACAUGGUCACUUCUUCCGUCGCAUAUGAAAGUGGACUCGAAUAUAUUCGACCAAAGCCCAGUCCAAUCGCCGCCCAACUACUCAUAUUUAGCGCUGGAAUGCAUGUACCACCAUGGGAUUUGCACCUUGCAUCGAAGGUUUAUGCAGAGCAAUCUCGAGAAGCAGUCGAGCAAGAUAUCCCGUUCGCGAUGUCUCGCAUCGUCUCUCGCAUUGAUCAAGUUUCAGCAAUUGUUGCAGCCGCCCAUGUACUCAUUCUCGCGAACUCGACAAAUCCUGGCCCCGGCAGCGAUGAUAAUUCUCCUUGAAUUGGAGAUGAGGCGAAAAGCCCCGGAUAGCGCCUCAGACUUUGUAACUGUUACCCUUGUGGAAGCUUUGGAUAAGUCCGUCGUCCUGUGGAAAACUGCGUCAGGAUCUUGUGACGAAGCUGCAACAGUCUAUAAAGUCUUGAACGAUAUGAUUCAGAGUAUCCAAAGGGGUAGUGCCAAAGAAGCUUCGCAGUCGCUGGUACUGGAUUCAGCAUACUAUAGUCGGAUCGGCUGGAAUGGCAUUGGUGUUUUGAAUGAGAAUGGCAUCGACUGGGCUUGGUGGGAUGAGUUGAUCGAAAGCUCGGGGCUGUGGGACGGCUCUUCCAUGAUCCUUUGA